GUAAAACAAAAUGGCGUAUUAUAUUGUAGUUCGCUGUGCGUGCAGUGUAUUGUGAAUUUAGUCCUUCCUGUUUAAUUUAAACAUUCAUGACCAUUGUGUUAAAUUGUUUUCUAGUUAUUUUUAUUUUAGUUUUGAUCUUGUACUUCAACGUACGUAAAUAUAAUCAUGAGUAAUUACGACGAUGAUCAAAGUGAGGAUGGAGAAUUAGCACGCAGCCCUGUCCAGGACGAAAUGGAUUUCAGUUUGUCUGAUGAAGACCGGGACAAUGCUGAUUCUCUGGUAAUCAAGCCACCUCAAGCAGUUAUUCACACUUCACAUAAAAGGGGUCAUAAGAGGUCCAACAGAGACAGAUACAAAGAUAGUAGCAGAAAAGAAAAAAAGCACCUUUACAGGGAGCGUGAGAAGACAGAAAAAUCUAAAAGAGAACUGACUAAAAAUCCAGAUCGUGAGGAGAAUUAUUAUCGUGAGAAACAGUACUAUAGAGAGAAAGAAGCAUAUAGAGAAAAGGAUCUUUACAGGGAAAAGGAAGCAUAUAGAGAAAAGGAUCUUUAUAGGGAUAAAGAAAUGUACAGGGACAAAGAGUCAUACCGAGAUAAAGACGUGUAUAGGGAAAAUAAAGAUAUAAGGGAGAAGGAGUUAUAUAGAGAAAGGGAAAUCAGAGAAAGAGACAUUUACAAAGAGAAAGAUAUGUACAGAGAAAAGGAUACUUACAGGGAAAGAGAACAUUAUAAAGAUACUUACAGGGACAAUACAUCGUUUAGGGAAGCAACUAGACCUCGAGAAGCUUAUAGAGAGAAAGAAAUAUAUAAAGAUAAAGAAAUUCAAAGAGAAAGGGAUAUGUAUUUGAAUAGAGAUAGACAGUACAAAUAUACUGAUGCUGAAAGAAAACGUGUUGAAACUGAUAGAAUAGAAUCACGAUUAAGGUUAUUAGCAGAAGAAAGUCACACUAAUCAAAGUAAUGAGAAAGAAAAUAGAGAUAGGUCUUCAGGGGAUAAAGAGCUGGAAGAUUUAAGAUCUAGAUUACUUAGCAAAAGAAUAUCUAAAGAGCUGCAGACGCAGGAUUCAAAAAAGCACCAAAGUUUUUUGGAAAAAGAUGGAAGAUCAGAUCGCCAUAGUUCAUUAGAUAAACAUCAACAGGAAAGAAGGAAAAGAUUAAUAGAAGCAGAUCGUGAAAUGGAAAAACGGAAAUACGAAUCGCGUCACGAGUUAGAAGCUAGAAGGGAAGAACGUCGCCGUCGUGGCAAGAAGCGCUCAAUGUCGCCCGAUGAUAGUUCUAGUAAAAAGUCAAAGACCAAUCACUCACCUAAUUACGGUGAUUCGGUUGUAACAGUAUCAGAUGCUAGUGACGUAGAAAUGAAGAGUGACUCAGCACAUUCCGAACCGGAAGAUGGUGAACAUUCCAAUACUGAAACAGAUAGUUCCAGUACAGACUCUGAUUCCGAUGUAGAUUCAAAGUCUGAAGAAGAGGAAGACAAUAAUAAAGAAGAGGAUAAUAAAGAAAAAGAAGAUGAAAGGGAACAAGUAACAGAAAAAUCAAAACCAAAGUCUCCCACUCCUAAGUCUGGACGGGGUACCCCAUCAUCUCAUGAAUCAGGAAGAUCACAUUCUAAAUCUAAGAGUAGAAGCAGAUCACAUUCGUUUUCUCCCCCAUCAACUGGCGAGAAUGGCAAAUCUGCUACUGAAGAGGAAAAAUCUAAAGAGGAUGACGAGAAAUCAAGGAUACGGGAGGAAGCUAUCAAUGCACUACCUCCUUAUUUUCCAGCCCUACAGGGUUGUCGAUCGGUUGAGGAGUUUCAAUGUCUCAAUAGAAUAGAGGAAGGCACAUAUGGAGUUGUUUACAGAGCUCGCGAUAAAACCACUGAGGAAAUAGUCGCUUUAAAACGACUAAAAAUGGAAAAGGAAAAAGAAGGAUUCCCAAUUACAUCGCUGAGAGAAAUUAAUACAUUGCUGAAGGGUCAGCAUCCGAACAUAGUGACUGUGAGAGAGAUUGUAGUCGGCUCCAACAUGGAUAAAAUUUUUAUCGUUAUGGAUUAUGUAGAACAUGACCUUAAGAGUUUAAUGGAGACUAUGAGAGGGAAAAAGCAGGUGUUUCUUCCAGGUGAAGUAAAAUGUUUAAUGACUCAAUUGCUCAGAGCAGUUCAUCAUCUUCACGACAAUUGGAUAUUACACAGGGAUCUCAAGACUAGCAAUUUACUCCUUUCGCACAAAGGUGUUUUGAAGGUGGGAGAUUUCGGUUUGGCCCGUGAGUAUGGGUCUCCACUAAGACAAUACACACCGAUAGUGGUAACUCUGUGGUAUCGUGCACCGGAGUUACUUCUUUGCUGCAAGGAGUAUUCAACACAUAUAGAUAUGUGGAGUGUUGGGUGCAUAUUCGCAGAAUUCGUCUCUAUGAACCCUCUGUUUCCAGGAAAAUCCGAAAUCGAUCAAUUAAAUCGCAUUUUUAAGGAUUUAGGAACCCCAUCGGAGGCUUUAUGGCCCGGUUAUAGUGAACUACCCGCCGUCCAAAAAAUGACAUUCGCGGAACACCCUCCUGGUGGUGUACGGAACCGUAUUGGGCCAGAUCUGCUAUCCGAGACCGGAAUGUCGUUGCUGCAAAGUUUUCUUACUUAUAAUCCAAAUAAAAGGAUAACAGCUGAGGCAGCGCUGGAGCAUCCAUACUUUAUGGAGCAUCCGGUUGCGAUUGAGCCCGCCAUGUUUCCUACAUGGCCUGCCAAAUCGGAAGGUAAUCGUCGCAGCACACACAGCCCACGGCCGCCAGCAGGUGGUGCCGCCUAUGCGCAAUACUCACGCGGCGACUCAGACGAGGCGCUUGGGUUCCAUGUUCGUUCCCUCAAUGUUGCCCCGGGUUUCUCUUUAAAAUUCUAGUAGUAACUUAUUCGUUUCAUGCAAAUGUUAACAGUGUGGUUUACAUGUUCAAUUGUUUGAGAGCAACAUUGUCAGUGUUAACCUAAUUUAUUAAGGCAUCAUACAUUUCUGGCAACAGUAGAUAUGUUGUUGUAUAAACAUAAUUUACAAAAUGUUUCCAGGAUAUUUAAUUUGAUUUAUUCUUAAAUGUACACCAUAAUAAGAAUAUAUUGUUUUUGUUAUUAACAAAAUAUUUCGAGUCUAUUACAGUUCAGACAGUACAGUACCUAAAAUUGGUAACGUAAAAGUGUAUGUCUUGUAGACAAGUUUAGAAAUAGAUUCAAUAGAUUAAAUUGUAAUAUACAAUUAUGCCUUACUUUCCUCAAUACAUUUAUAAAAUUUGCUGUGUCAUAUUAUGGUUCUAUACCUAUGUAUCUUAUUUCCGUAGACAUAAAAUUAAUAAUUUUCGAAUUAUGUGCAUCUUAUGGAAAAACUAUAAUUAUUGAAUGUACUUAUUCCCUUUAAUAUACUUAUUCACUUAUUACUUAUUAAAAUAUACUUUUCAUUUUACUAACCUUAUUUUUUAUACUGUAUUAUGUAGUAUUAAAUGAUUAUGUAAAUAUGAAUUAAUAUUUUCUUAUCUUUGUAUAUAAAUAAAUCCAUAAACUUGCUAUUACAACAAUAUGCAUGGUUGUAUACUCAAAUUGUCAGUAAUUCUCUUUUAAAACGUACUUACCAAAUUGUGAAUAUUACUUCUAUUUUGUAUAGAUAUAAUGUGUUUUGUCGUGUAUUGAAAAUAGUUGAGUAACACUUGUAUAUAAAUAUCAUUUUCGUUUAUUUUUAAAAUCUGUAAAUAUAAUUACAAUAUCACCAUAUUAGCAUGCGAAUUUACAAGAAUUGUAAUAAAUUAGUCGUAAACUAGGUUUAGUUAAGUCGGGUACAAUAAAUUAUAAUACGUUUUGA